AUGCAUCACACAACUCUCAAUCCGCCCCGCCAAAAACGGCAACGUGCCCCCCGCAUGCGCCAGCACCAUCCGCAACCCCCUCACCGCGUCAAACACCCCGGCCAGAAACAUCCUCGCCACCGCAAUGGUCGUCUCCAUCGGGAACCCCAGCGCCAGCGGCAGCACGUGGCCGUAGGCGCCGUCGCCGAAGACGGACGGCGGGAGCCCGUAGUGCGGGUGCAGGAAGACGGGCAGCGAGGCGGCGGCCAGCGCGCGGAAGACGGGGAGCAGGGCCGGGUCGUCGAGUCCCUGGUGGGUGGCGAGCCCGCCGGUGCCGAGGAUGAUGCCGCGGCAGUGGGGGAGGGUGGUGAGGUGGGUGAUGGAGGCGAGGAUGGUGGCGGGUGGGGCGAGGUGGAAAGAGGUGUAGAAGAACCUAGGUACCUAACUGGUCAAGUCCGAGUUCAUCACAGAAAGGCAUACCGCGCUACCCAGAUUAGCGAGUGA